CAUUUGGCCUUAUCCCACCGUCUGCAUAGUGCUUCGAAACUACGUUGUUAAAUUUUUUGCUGUGAAGUGAUUUCUGAUACAAGACGGGAGAUCGUCCAAAAUGGAUGUGUGACUUCCAUCCACUUGUGUACUGUUGCAUGGUAUGGCUGUGAAAAGGGUACUGAAAAGAACUCUUUUACUUACAGGAUUGGUGACCGUAUUCAGAACUAUGGCGUGGCGCUCCAGCGGCAAAAGUCAUGUGGACCUUAUUGACAAUCUUGCAAAGAAUGAUAUUUUAAAGUCACCACGUGUCAUAGAUGUUAUGAAGAAAGUUGACAGAGCCAAUUUUGCCAAGUUCAAUCCCUAUAAUGAUUCCCCUCAGACCAUUGGAUACUCUGUAACUAUCAGUGCCCCACACAUGCAUGCCCAUGCCUUAGAACUUCUAGCAGAUCACCUGACUGAAGGAAAGAGAGCUCUCGAUGUGGGAUCAGGGAGUGGUUACCUCACCGCAUGCAUGGCCUUACUGGUGGGGCCCACUGGAAGAGCUGUAGGCAUUGAUCAUAUUCCAGAAUUGGUGUCAGAAUCCAUUGUAAAUAUCAAAAAAGAUCCAAAAUUAAUCCCAUUGCUAGAGUCUGGACAGAUGAAACUUGUUGCCGGUGAUGGGAGACAGGGGUAUGCUGAGGAUGCCCCUUAUGAUGCCAUACAUGUAGGGGCAGCAGCCCCAACUCUACCCCAGGCACUGAUUGAUCAGCUGGCUCCUGGAGGGAGACUGGUCAUUCCAGUGGGACCCCAAGGGGAGAGUCAGAUGUUACAACAAUACGAUAAAGGAAUGGAUGGCACAGUCACGAGGAAGAACCUGAUGGGGGUCAUUUAUGUGCCACUCACUAGCAAGGAAAAACAAGUUCCCAGGUGGAAAUGAAUCCCCUUUUUUGCAUGAUGGAAUCCUUUCUUUCUAGUGAUCCGGUGAAAAGAGGAAGAGGACAAACACAUGAUGAUUUAUGACUUGGAGCAACAUGUGACAUUUGUUCAAAGACACAUUCUAUUGUGAUGCCAUUUUGUAUGCUUCUGUCAAGAACUUGAUAUGCUAUAAAAUGUUCCAAAAUAUUUUGCAUAGAAAUUGUUCAGAAAUUCCUUGUUGUUAGUUCUAAUCUUCUAAUUUUAAUUUAAACAAAUGACUUUAAAUAACAAAAUGUACUAGCCCUAAUGCAUCUACUGUAUAUGAAAAACUCUGUACAUCAUUUACUUUUUCACAUGACAAAGUGAAGUUAAACUAAAAAAAAAAAGCAAACAAAACUUGUGAAAAGUAUGCAUGAUUAGAAUUUAGUUUUCACUGGUUUUUGCCCACAUCCAAGCAGCUUUUUAUGUAUUGUUGAUUUUCAUAGUUGAGUAUACAUUGCUUCCCCAGUAUUGUUCUCUAGAACGUCAAGGACAUUUAUUUAAUGAAAAACCCAAAUUUUUUUAAUUCACAGCGUUGGUACAACCAUUAAAGAAAUACUAGUCUCUGAUUGUUAUUGAUUCAUUUUCUGUAUUCAUGCAAGUUUAGAAAAAGUGAUAAUUACCAGUAAUUGUACCCAGCACAAAUUGCCCUGUGUUCUGGAGAGUUUGUUUUCUUUAUGCAAAUAAAACUUUGUUAUAUCCUUCUGAA